AUGAAAUUCGGCGACUACAACUUGAGUGUAGCUAAGCUCAUUCGUGGUAAGAAAAGUUCGUUUUCCCAUUCCCGCAGGAAUCAAUGGAUCCCUGACAUCCAGAAAUCACACUUCUCUCCACCUUUCGACUUUCCAUCGAUCCAGAUGAGCGGAACAUUGGUGAGAUUGGGCAUGGUGAUAAUCUCCAUGGUUGUUGCCAGCGUUUUGGUCUAUCGAUUGAAUUAUUCGUCCCGCGAUUCAAGCGGCAGAGUUUGGAACGGGGUGGAGGCCCAGAAUGAGAGUUCACUGAACGAAGACCUCUGCGACAUCCUGGGGUUCAUACCGCUGGAUGAGGUGAACGAUAUUCUGGAAUGCUUCGUAAAAUACGACAAGCAAAUCGGCGACGUGACCGUCGGCUACAUAAACGAUCAUUGGUUGUACAUCGCCCGAGAAUUCAAACGGAUGCCGGAAUUUCAGUGGGCUGUAAGUUUCCUCGAGAAUAACGGUCUGGACGUGGAGUAUUGGCGAAACAAAAUCGUGCAAUUCUGGACGAACAUUCCCACGUACGUCAAUAACGACACGUCCCUGGCCUGCGGCGGUCUUUCAACGAUGAUGAACAAAGUCGUGAGAAUCAUCCCCCAGGCUGAGAUGCACGAAUUUCUCUGCCAGAAAUUACGAUACUCGUCUAGCUUCAGAGCGUUUUUGGAAAUGUUGCGUUCACCGAACUUCGAGGAACUCUGCGACGCGAUUGAGAGCAGCAAAGUGUUGCAACGGCACUACUUCUGGGCAAACGACGACGGCAUCGAAGUCAUCUUUGCUGUGGAAUUGCUCAAGAACUUGUACAUGUAUUUGGCGUACGAACUGGAAUGA